AUGGGUAGUAAGGAAAUCAAAAUUAGUGUUAUUCCGAUUGCGGUGUAUAUCACUCGUGCCAACAUAACUGGUAAGGUUAUUGGAACAAUCAUUGUUAUCCAUGAAAAAAUGUUAGGAAAUAAAACUGAUCCACCAUCAAUUGCUAAUUUGUAUUUAGUUAUUGAAAGGGUUGUGAAUAAUAUAAUCAAGAUCACGAUUAAUAAUAACGACGAAGAUGUAUCCGAUUCUGCAAUGUUAAGAAUAGCAUCCAAAAAAUUUGGAACGCUUCCUAUAUUUGAAAGUAUAGAAAUUGGUUAUAAAAAUACUGAUUACAUAAAAACUAAUCUAUCGAAUUCUGGCACUAACGGAGCUGCUUUAUCUCCAUUAGGUAGUUUAGGGAGCUCUUCAAUUGUAGAAAAACCGGGCAAACUUGCCUUGUAUGGAAAAAAACCUCUAGAAAAUAAGCCAAGUCCGAUCAAUUGGGCAACAAGAAGAAUUAUCAGAAUUGGCCAACUUUUUUGCAUGUUAAAACGGUAA